AUGCCGACGACGUCAUUGGUACAGUCCCGCCGGAAGUGCCCCUUCUCCGGGCACCGGAAGCAUUUGUCGCGCAUCUCCGGCGAGAUCUCUUUGCAGACCGGGGAGGGAGGGCGCGGCGCCACCUUUGGCUGCCCAAUGCCGCGCCUGUGCUUCCGCAGGGUCUUCCUCGGUGGGGGGGCUUCCUUCCAGGGAAUUAGCCGCCGGCAGGACUCCACCUCCGGCGCCGGCGCCUGCGCCGCCUCCUGCGCAGCAGCCGCAGCCGACUUCUCCGAGGCCGAGGAAAGUCCCAGACCAGAGACAACGGGUUGUGGUACAACACAAAGUGAGUUUGUAGAAACCGUAUCCGCCAACAGAUUUCCUUCCAAUGAUAGCCGUGCACUAGAGGUCGUCACAUCCAACCCACAGGAUGCUGUUUCCUCUGGUCUUCUUCAGCCAGAUCAUGAUCACAACAAGUCAGAUCCACUAAAGCAAGUUGAGGCACUUCAAAUUAAGUUUUUGCGGCUGGUACACAGGACUGGAGUGCCUCCCAGUACCAAUGUAGUUGCACAGGUACUGUACAGACUGCAGCUUGCCAACUUGAUCAAGGCUGGUGAAUCAGAUGCGAAGAGAACUAACCUUGCUAUCAACAAAGCCAGAGUUAUAGCAGCAGAACAAGAAGCACCCGGUGGACCUGAUUUGGACCUCCCCUUGCGAAUUCUUCUUCUGGGAAAGACUGGUGUGGGAAAGAGCGCCACAAUAAACUCCAUGUUUGAUGAAACAAAGGUUGCUACUAAUGCACUUGUUCCUGGUACUAGUAGGAUAAAGAGGGUUCAUGGAAAUAUCAAAGGAGUAAGAGUUACAGUUAUCGACACACCUGGUCUGGUACCUCAUUACCAUAGCCAACGGAGGAACAGGAAGAUUUUGCAUGCUGUCAAGCGUUUCAUUAAAAGAAACCCGCCUGAUAUCGUCCUGUACUUUGAGCGGCUUGACCAUAUUAAUAGCAGAUGCAGUGACUACCCUCUGCUGAAGCUUAUAACUGAUACCUUGGGUUCUUCGAUAUGGUUCAACACUGUCCUUGUAAUGACUCACUGUUCCUCAUCUCCUCCUGAAGGACCAGAUGGUCAUCCUUUGGAAUAUGACGCGUACACCCGUUACUGUAAGAAUGUCGUGGAGCGUCAUAUCCAGCUAGCAGCUUCUAACACACAGCUGGAGAACCCUAUUGUUCUGGUUGACAAUCAUCCAAUGUGCAGACGGAACACCAGGGGUGAAAGAGUUUUGCCAAAUGGGCAGGUAUGGGUAUCAGAACUUCUUUUGCUGUGUGGGGCGACCAAGUUGUUAGCAGAAGCAAAUUCCUUACUAAAGUUCGAAAAUAGUUUUCUGCUGUCACAAGCAAAUGCCAGGCUGCCUUCACUCCCUCAUCUUCUUUCGUCACUCCUUAAACCUUCUGCGUCAUUGAGUUCUGAGGGUGUUGACAAUGAGAUGACUGAGCUAUCAGAUGAGGAGGAUGAAUAUGAUCAGCUACCACCUUUCCGUGUUCUAAAAAGAUCUGAAUAUGAAAAGUUGACCAAAGAACAGAGAACUGCAUAUCUUGAUGAACUGGACUACCGUGAGACUUCAUACCUCAAACAGCAGUGGAAGGAGGGAAUCCGGAGUCAAAAGCUUGCUGAAGCUCAAAACAGCGAAGCAUCAUCUGCAGUUGCUGAUGAUUAUGAAGAGACCACAUCCCCAGUUGUGCACAUAUCAGAUAUGGAAAUCCCAUUAAGUUUUGACUCUGAUUAUCCAGCACACCGCUACCGUCACAUUAUAACUAAUGAUCAGUUGUUUAGACCAGUUUUGGAUCCCCAAGGAUGGGACCAUGAUAUUGGGUUCGAUGGUAUCAAUUUUCAAUCAUGUCAUGACUUAAAAAAGAACAUAUCAACAUCUAUUGCUGGACAGAUGAGGAAGGACAAAGAAGACAUGUAUAUCCAGUCGGAUUGUUCAGUAAGCUAUAGUGAUCAAAGGCGCUACUCAUUGAUGGGGGGCAUGGAUAUGCAAACAGCUAGUAAGGAUUUGGUUUUUACUGUUCAUGGGGAUGCCCGGUUCCAAAAUCUGCCUUGGAACACCACCGGAGGAGGUAUUUCUGUUACUAAAUUCGGGUCAAAGUAUUUUUCUGGGGCCAAAUUAGAAGACUCCAUCACCAUUGGGAAACGAGUCCACUUGGUAGCCAAUGCCGGGAGGAUGGUUGGUGGUGGACAAGUGGCAGAUGGAGGUGGCCUGGAAGUAACAGUAAGGGGGAAAGACUACCCUGUGAGAGAAGGGAGCACCAGCAUGGCGGCCACUGCUCUGUCGUUCGAGAAAGAGACUGUAUUCGGGGCGAAUCUUCAGUCUGUCUUACGAGUGGGCCGUGGGUCAAAAUUAUCGGUCAGCGCAAACGUAAACAGCAGAAAUCUAGGCCGGCUCUGUGUCAAGAUCAGCACAUCAGACCAUGUGGAAAUAGCUCUGGUCGUGGCCGUAUCACUGGUCCAGUUCUUGCUAAGGAGAAGAUUGCUGCCGACUGGCAAAGGCCACCAACAGGUUGACACCGACUUAGAUGAGUAA